UUCUCUACUUGACUUUACAUCACAACACUGUCAGAUUGUUGUUGUGUUGUUAUUUCAGACAUCUCAAGAAAAUGUUUCUCAUGUUUGUUUUUCUCUCUUUGUGCUUCACUUCUCUGAAUGGUGUGUUUGGUGAUGAAGUGAAGUCAGUGUCAGUGACGGAGGGAGAUUCUGUUACUCUACACAGUAAUAUUACAGAAAUACUGAGCGCUCAUCUCAUACUAUGGAAAACUCAAGGGUCUCUCAUAGCCAGAAUCAAUAGAGAAGCCAACAAGACCUCAAUAUAUGAUGAAGAUUUUGAUGGGAGAUUCAGAGACAGACUGCAGGUGAAUAAUCAGACUGGAGAUCUCAUCAUCACAAACAUCACAACUCAACACACUGGACUUUAUCAAAUAAUCAUCACCAGCAAGCUGACGUUGUCACACACAUUCAAUGUUACUGUCUAUGCUUGUCUGCCUGUUCCUGUCAUCACCAGAGACUUUUCACAAUGUUCAUCAUGUGUGUUGUUGUGUUCAGUGUUGAAUGUGAGAGAUGUGAGUCUGUCCUGGUACAAAGGAAACAGUUUAUUGUCCAUCAUCAGUGUGUCUGAUCUCAACAUCAGACUCUCUCUACCUCUGGAGGUUGAAUAUCAGGAUACAAACACAUACAGCUGUGUGGUGAACAAUCCUCUCACAAACCAAACUCAACAUCUUAACAUCAAUGAUGUCUGUCAAAUAUGUUCAGGUACAACAGCUGUGAUUAUUUGCAUUUAUUCAAUGGGCUGA